UAAAAUUUGCUGUUGACAUGCUAAUAAAAUGUUCGAAGACAAUAUAAAAAGGGUGCAAUAGCCAUUGUGGAAAAUCAGUGCUACCUCCGACGUUGAUCAUCAAACAAAAGGGUGUCAAGAUGAAGUCUUUAUUACUCCUGGCUCUAACUUUGUCCGUUGCAUCGGCAACAUACAGUAUGUAUGGAGGUGGCAUGGGAGGCUACGGUGGAAUGGGAGGCGGAUAUAUGGGUGGAAUGGGCGGUUAUCGUGGAGGAAUGAUGGGAGGAUAUGGCGGCAUGGGUGGAAUGGGAGGAUAUGGCGGCAUGGGCGGCAUGGGUGGCAUGGGAGGCUACGGUGGAAUGGGAGGCGGAUAUAUGGGUGGAAUGGGCGGUUAUGGUGGAGGAAUGAUGGGUGGCAUGGGAGGCAUGGGUGGCAUGGGAGGCUACGGUGGAAUGGGAGGCGGAUAUAUGGGUGGAAUGGGCGGAUACGGUGGAAUGGGCGGAUACGGUGGAAUGAAUGGAGGAUAUGGCGGCAUGGGUGGCAUGGGAGGAUAUGGAAUGAUGGGUGGUAUGGGUGGCAUGGGCGGCAUGGGCGGCAUGGGAGGAUACGGUUACCGCAUGAGAUACCGCAAAAAGGGAUACUACUAAAUCAUAUCAAAGAUUGGGCUUCACCUGGACUGGACAUGGACAUGGACAUUGAGCUGUAAACUAUAAAACUAUAGGAAAAACAUUAGACUUUUUACCGGA